CCAGCAGGGGUGCUGUGGAGUGGGGUGGAAUAUGCAGGGACUAGUUCACAGCUCCUGGAGCUUCACUCUUCUCAGUUGCCUGUGUGAGUGUGCAUAUGAGACCAUUCCUGACCAUGCUCAGCCAUUCGUCCACCCUGUUACGGACACAGCUCCUGCUGGCCACUCUGGCCCUGUUGGCCGGUGUGUGCCUGGGCCGGUCAGAUGCGCCCCGUGGGGUCUCCCUGCCUUUCGUCUUCGACCUCAAAGCAGUAUGUGAUCCUCCCUGUAAACACGCUGGAAUCUGCAUCCGAAACAACACCUGCUUCUGCUCACGGGGAUAUGAGGGAGAGACCUGCCAGUAUGCAAACUGCUACCCGAAGUGUAAAAACGGGGGUGAAUGUCUUCGACCUGGGAAAUGCAGAUGUCCUCCAGGAUUUGGGGGAAAAUACUGUCACAAAGUGAUGUGUGAUGGCGGCUGCUGGAACGGUGGGGACUGCACUGCUGUGAAUGGAGAAGCCAAGUGCAUCUGUCCAUCCAGCUGGACUGGCUCCAGAUGUCAGGAGGCGAUUUGUCCACAGGGCUGCAGGAAUGGGGGCAGCUGUGUGGCUCCAGGAAUCUGCAGCUGCCCAGAGGGAUGGCUAGGGGGAGCCUGUCACACAGCUGUGUGCAAGAAGCCGUGUCUGAAUGGGGGGAAGUGUGUGUCUCCUGACACCUGUCGCUGUCGUGCUCCAUUCUCCGGCCCCCAGUGUGAGGAGAAGAAAAAGCUCUUCUAACCUCAGCACAGUCACUCACACACCAGGACUGGAGCCUCUUCGAAAUGGUGCUAUUAUAUUGUGCUUGUUCAUUAGAC